GAGUCACAAACACACCGGCAGAAACCGAAAGAAGAACUUCCGGCAGACGCUGGUGUUAGCUUGAAGCUAUAGAUUAGCAUAAACACUGUAUUUCACAGUAGAGCUUGUCAUUUUAAUUGUUGCCAUGAAUUAAGAUUGGACUGUCCAUUCCGUUUAGUGUCACGGUUGGACAGAGAGGCGGCAGACAUGUAUAACUCGGGGAAAUACAGCUCGCGGGGGCCUGCUCUCAUCCCGCGGAUGAAAACAAAGCACCGCAUAUACUACAUCACCCUCUUCUCUGUGGUGCUGCUUGGACUCAUCGCCACCGGGAUGUUUCAGUUCUGGCCCCACUCCAUUGAGUCGACAGCCGACUGGACACUUGAUAAACGCAGUGUCCACGACGCACCUCUGAUUCGCCUGCCUGUCUCUAGUCCCAUACCUGAGAGGGGUGACCUCAGUUGUCGCAUGCACACCUGUUUUGAUGUGUACAGAUGUGGCUACAACCCUAAGAACAGAAUCAAGGUCUACAUCUACCCUCUGCAGAGGUUUGUGGAUGAGUUGGGGGUUCCCAUCAGCAGCACUGGACUCUCUCGAGAAUACAACGACCUUCUCAGUGCCAUCUCAGACAGUGACUUUUACACUGAUGACGUCACAAGGGCAUGUCUUUUUAUCCCAUCUAUCGAUGUGUUGAAUCAGAACUCCCUGCGGAUCAGAGAGACUGCCCAGGCUUUGGCAAUGCUACCCAGAUGGGAUAAAGGGAUGAAUCACCUACUGUUCAACAUGUUGCCUGGUGGCCCUCCUGACUACAAUACUGCCUUGGAUGUACCCAGAGACAGAGCGCUGCUGGCAGGAGGUGGUUUUUCUACAUGGACUUACAGACAAGGUUAUGAUGUCAGCAUCCCAGUCUACAGCCCCCUCUCUGCUGAUGUUGAGCUGCCUGAGAGACAGCCUGGGCCAAGGCGCUACUUUAUUCUGUCUUCUCAAACUGCCAUUCACCGGGAGUACCGUGCCGAACUGGAGCGUUUGAAGGAAGAAAAUGGAGAAGCACUCCUCCUUCUGGACAAGUGCAGCAACCUCUCCCAGGGAGCUGCCUCUGCACGAAAACGGUGCUACAAAGGGCAGGUGUAUGACUACCCACAGAUCCUACAGGAGUCUUCAUUCUGUGUGGUCUUACGCGGAGCACGACUGGGUCAGGCCGCCCUGAGUGAUGUGCUGCAGGCUGGCUGUGUCCCUGUCAUCCUGGCUGACUCCUACAUUCUCCCGUUCUCUGAAGUACUUGACUGGAAAAGAGCAUCCGUGGUCAUUCCAGAGGAGAAGCUGUCAGAAAUGUACACCAUCCUAAAGAGCAUUCCUCACAGACAAGUGGAAGAAAUGCAGAGACAGGCACGCUGGUUCUGGGAGGCCUACUUCAGCUCCAUGAAGGCGAUUGGCUUGACAACGCUCCAGAUCAUCAAUGACCGCAUUUACCCAUAUGCUGCACGCACCUACGAGCAGUGGAACAAUCCACCUGUUGUGAAGUGGACCAGUGUGAACAGCCCUCUGUUCUUGCCACUUAUCCCGCCAAGGGCUCCCGGCUUCACAGCAGUGGUGCUAACCUACGAUCGUGUUGAGAGUCUUUUCCGGGUCAUCACAGAAAUCUCUAAGGUGCCAAGCUUGGCUAAGCUUCUGGUGGUGUGGAAUAACCAGAACAAGAGUCCUCCCGAGGAAUCUCUUUGGCCAAAAAUUGGCGUCCCUCUCAAAGUCGUGCGAACCAAAGAGAAUAAACUUAGCAACCGUUUCUUCCCUUACGACGAGAUCGAGACCGAAGCUGUGCUGGCGAUUGAUGAUGACAUCAUCAUGCUGACAUCUGAUGAACUGCAGUUUGGCUACGAGGUAUGGAGGGAGUUUCCAGACAGGCUAGUGGGCUACCCCGGGCGGCUACACCUCUGGGACCAUGAAAUGGGGAAGUGGAAGUAUGAGUCAGAGUGGACCAAUGAAGUCUCCAUGGUUCUAACGGGAGCUGCUUUCUACCACAAGUAUUUCAACUAUUUGUACACAUACAAGAUGCCAGGAGACAUAAAGAACUGGGUGGACGCUCACAUGAACUGUGAAGAUAUUGCUAUGAACUUCCUGGUGGCUAACAUCACAGGCAAAGCCCCCAUAAAGGUGACCCCGAGGAAAAAGUUCAAGUGCCCUGAGUGUACUGCCAUCGAUGGACUGUCCCUAGAUCAGACACACAUGGUGGAGAGAUCCGAGUGUAUCAACAAGUUUGCAUCAGUUUUUGGAACGAUGCCUCUGAAGGUGGUGGAGCACCGUGCAGACCCAGUGCUCUAUAAAGACGACUUUCCAGAGAAGCUCAAGAGCUUUCCUAACAUCGGCAGCUUGUAACACAUGUUUGGGCCUCAUCACAGCCUCAACCCUCGGACACUUUCCCAAAAAAACGUCUCCUAUUCAAAAACGUCAACUUUCAGACUCAAGUGCUGUCCUCUCUGGUCAAGUAACUUCUGACUUUUUUUUUAAUUGAAUUUGAAUCACAGAAUUUGGCAGGACAUCGAGUUAAUGUUCUAGUUCACAGAGAACAUUAAACCUGAAACCUGAACAUAUCACUGAAUGUCACAAGAGUGAUUUCUUUAGUUAUUGAAAAACGUUUACCAACACUAAUGUGCACAUUCAUGUUACAUGAACUGCUUGCCAAGGGUCACCCUGAGUCUGAUGUUGAUUGACCGGCUCACUUACUUGAGGCUUGUGGUCCCCCUCUAGUCCUGGAGCUGGGAACUUUGAGCUUGAAGCUCCAUAUACACUGUAUAUAUUUGUAACUGUAUCAGUGCUGUAUGAUAGCCCUAAUUUAUGAUCCUCCCACUAGAAUCGUCCAUAUAUCUUAAUUUCCAAAGCUGACAGAACAGAUCCCUCGACUCUAUGAAAAGAAAAAAGUAGUAAAAGUGCUAAAUGUGAACUUGCAUGACAUAUAUAUUAAACAACAUAUCUCAAUGUGAUUGUACACAGCUGAUGUACGGUAAGUGGUUCACAUUUGUUCUGUUUUACACAAUUGGACUGGGCUGUUAGACAAAGCUGGUACCAUAGAUCUAAUAUUUAGAGUGAGUAACUGCUGAUUUCAACAAGAGAUGCUGACCUGAUGGAGCAUUUUACAUUUAAAUUUUAUACGGUCCGAUAAAGCCUUUUGUUGUAUUUAUAUAUGUACAAUUGUACAUAUUGGUUAUGUACAAUUAUGAAAGCAUUUAUCAAGUCAUUUCAUUAGUUAUGUGUGCGGGGACUUUAUAAGCAUAGCGGCCAUGUUUUGUUUCGUUUGCCAUAUAUUUGAAGACGUGAUGUGUAAGAAUAAUAAGACAGUAUCCUUUUUUUUUUUUUUAGAUGUACAGUAGAUGAUUUUUAUUUUUCCAUUUUACCUGUUGUGUUUCUGUUCUUCUCUAAGACAUCACUUGUGAUCCCAGCUGAGAACGGUGCUGACUUUACGAUGUUAUCAUUGCCUUGUGUUGUUUUAAUUUGCCUUUUUCAUGCUGAAGUGAGUAUUGUGUAUAUAUGACUUUUUAAUACAUGAUAAGUAAAGACCAUACACACAUA